AUGAAGUUCACCAUCUCCGCCGCUGUUCUGGCCCUCGCUGCCACCGUCGCUGCCAUGCCUAGCAAGCCCGAAGCCAACGGCAACCUUGGUGUCGGCAACGGCAACGGCAACCAGGGAAACAGCGAUGUCCGCUUCCCCGUCCCUGACGACGUGACCGUCAAGCAGGCUUCCGCCAAGUGUGGUGACCAGGCUCAGCUGUCUUGCUGCAACAAGGCCACCUACGCCGGUGACACCACCACUAUUGACGACGGUAUCCUCGCUGGUACCCUCGGUAACCUCCUUGGUACUGGUUCCGGCUCUGAGGGUCUCGGUCUCUUCGACCAGUGCUCCAAGCUCGAUCUCCAGAUCCCCAUCAUUGGCAUCCCUCUCCAGGAUCUUGUCAACCAGCAGUGCAAGCAGAACAUCGCCUGUUGCCAGGGCUCCCCCUCGGACGCCAGCGACUCCCUCAUUGGCGUUGCCCUGCCCUGCAUUGCCCUCGGCUCUAUCUUGUAA